CGCUGCAGUAACAAUUCUACGUCAUAUGAUAAAUAUGGCGGACGACGUGGUGGAGGUUAUCGAUGAGGAAAACGAAUCCAUAACGUUUAAAUCUUUAGGGGUCGUAGACGUCUUGUGUGAAGCAUGCGAGUCUCUGAAAUGGAAGAAACCGACGAAGAUUCAACAAGAAGCCAUACCUGUUGCCUUAAAAGGCAGAGACGUCAUCGGACUGGCCGAAACAGGUUCUGGAAAGACCGGAGCCUUCGCCCUUCCUAUCUUGCAAGCUUUGCUGGAAAAGCCUCAACGACUGUUUGCAUUGGUGUUGACGCCGACCAGAGAAUUGGCCUUUCAGAUAUCCGAACAGUUUGAAGCAUUGGGCAGUUUCAUCGGAGUUAAAUGCACGGUGAUAGUGGGAGGCAUCGACAUGGUGACGCAAGCCUUAUCCUUAGCUAAAAAACCUCAUAUAGUUAUAGCAACUCCCGGGAGAUUGGUGGAUCAUUUGGAGAAUACAAAAGGAUUUAAUUUGAAGGCAUUAAAAUAUUUAGUAAUGGAUGAAGCAGACAGGAUACUGAACAUGGAUUUCGAACAGGAAGUUGACAAGAUUCUCAAACAGAUUCCAAGAGAAAGGUGCACUUAUUUAUAUUCCGCAACCAUGACAAAAAAGGUUCAGAAACUUCAGCGUGCAUCACUCACCGAUCCCGUAAAAGUAGAAGUCUCCCGAAAAUAUCAAACCGUAGAAAAGUUGCAGCAAUAUUACAUAUUUAUACCAUUAAAAUUUAAAGAUGUAUAUCUUGUUUACAUCUUAAAUGAACUCGCAGGUAACUCUUUCAUGGUUUUCUGUAGCACCUGUGCUAACACUCAGAGGACGGCAUUGAUGUUGAGGAAUCUUGGAUUAAAUGCCAUUCCCCUCCAUGGGCAGAUGAGUCAGGCAAAACGAUUAGGAUCUCUGAAUAAAUUUAAAGGAAAAAGUCGAUCAAUAUUGAUUGCUACGGACGUUGCAAGCAGAGGACUGGAUAUUCCUCACGUCGACGUCGUCAUCAAUUUCGACAUUCCCACUCAUUCGAAAGAUUACAUCCACAGAGUCGGAAGAACCGCCAGGGCAGGCCGCAGCGGAAAAUCGAUAACAUUCGUCACACAGUAUGACGUGGAAUUGUAUCAACGUAUCGAGCAGUUGAUUGAUAAAAAGUUGCCUCUGUAUUCGACAGAGGAACAAGAAGUAAUGAUACUCAUGGAGAGAGUCAGCGAAGCUCAAAGAUAUGCAAAAAUGGAAAUGAAAGAACUGGAAGAUAAGAAUAAAAAGAAGAGGAAGAAGGAAAUAAAAGAUGAAGGUGACGACACCGAAGAAACUGUUAAAGUGAAAAAUAGAAUUAAGAGAAAAAGGAAAUAAAUUUAUAUAAAAUUACCUUACAAAGUUUAAAAUGACUGAUGCCGGUUUAAGAUAAAUUCUCCUGUUUGUUGUAGAAUAACUUAAAAAUGAAGCCCGAACAAAAUUCUAAUUAACGCAUAAAUUCCGUAUUUAACAUGCAGAUUAAUAAUCGUUCUUUUGCACUAAAACAACCGCAGAAUCUAUCGCCAGUAGUUGCCAAAAGUUUAUCUGCUAUUUGCAUGCGAUGGCACGAGAUUUAUAUCUAGAAUUUGCAUAUAUUUAAUUAAGAGACUCUUGUUUGAAUACAUGCAAAUGUCAGAUAUAGAUCAGGAUAAAACCGGGUUAUAAAAUCACUUUUUCUAUACUUCAUUCUCGGUGUUGUGGUGAAAGAGUGGUAAGAAGUGAUUCUACAACUCAGUUUUAGUUUUUUACUUGCAAAUUUUUAGUUUUGCUAAAGAAAAAUACAUCCUAAACUCUGGAUUUAGGGAUAUAGACACUAGUUUCAGCAGGCUAUGGCACCUCUCCUAUUGUGUCCGGAAGUGUAGUAGGAGGAAUUCCAAAGUCUACUGUGCCCAAGGUACCUAGAAUCCUAAAUACGGUAGGUUGAAACUAACUUUCCUGUGCCAUUAGGCCACAUUUAUCGAGAUUCUACAGAUAUGAUUGGGAAUUGAAAAGUUAUUAAAGUAAUUCAAAUUUAGUCAGCCACCCGGGAGCAAAUUUGCACCAAUGUACAGUACCUGCCAUAUCAAUAUAAUUACGUAAAUUAAAUAUUAAACGGUGCAGGAGUUUCGAAUAAAGCAAAGUGUCACUCAAGUAUUCACCAACUUUCUAACUAAAGGAGGUAGUUAAUACAAGCUGCAUAAAAAAAUAAAUCAUCAUUACGCUUCCUGGAAACUUACGUGCAUAUCUUUCUGUCAAAUUUGGCUCCCUAGACCGGGCUCAUUUAUAAAUAAAUCCACACUACCCUACCCCUUAAGGUGAAGCCGAACAAAACUGGUUAUCUGCAUCGUUUUGAUGGUGGGGCGUGGAAAAAAGCCCAAAUUUAGUUUCCUCCGCCCAAAUUUUCUUUUUAAUUUUUCUAAACCCAUCUUAAUGGUUGCCUGCAUCACUCGAAACCAUAGAGAUGAAACGAAAAUCAAUUGCCGAGCCGAAAGUAGCCAGCAAAGUGCUUUUCUACGUGCUUCUAUCGGAGAAACUCAAUAAUUAACGAACUUAUUCCUUUGAUAGAUCGAUAAAUCUUUCAGGAAUUCCAAAUACGAGCGAUUUUCUAGAGCUAAUUAAUAAUAAUUUUGCAGCAUAAAUUGUUAUUGCAGCUUCACAAACGAGCUAUUGAGUUAUUAACACAAUCAACGGCGUAAUAACUUCAUUA